AGGUGUGCAGGCAUUGGAGUCAAUUUAACGUUUGUAUCUUCGUCAUUCGGUCGAAGAAGCCGAACACGAUGCUCUGAUUGUUUCGCGAUUGAGAUAUCAAAUUAUUUUAGAUAAAGAUUUUGUUCAAGUUAUUUUAUAUCCUUAGAGCUUGUAUGAUGAUAACGAUUAUGCGACGACACGUUGUUGUUUUCCUUUGUCUCGUCAUCAUCGUUGAAUUUCUUUCAUGUUCAGCGGAAGACAAACGAAUUGGAAUAGUAUUGUUCGGGGAUCCAUGCGAGAGGGACUUCAAUUGCAUCAAGAAUGCAUAUUGCCGUAGUCAACGCAUCUGUCAGUGCGAGCAAUAUUACUCACCCAAUCCUGAGAAGACAGUUUGUCUAGCCACAGCCGGAUUAAGUUGCAACGAUGACUCUGCUUGCGCUACAAUGUCCAAUGCAGUUUGUCGUCAAAAUGUAUGCAGUUGCAAAGACGCGUUUACCCUGGAUAUAAACAAUUCGUCUAAUUGUAUAAGUAGACCAUCGAAAGAAGGGGAUGCUUGUCAGAGAAGGGACGACUGCGAGGAAGCUAUGGAACGGGCAAUAUGCAUCGAUAAUAAAUGUCGUUGCAUCACUGGCCUUCGUUUCGUCAACGAAACUGGCAAAUGCAUUCAGGCUCGUGGCCGAUAUAAUACAUGUACCAAGGAUUACGAGUGUUUCCUCGACGAUGGUACGCCGAAUGUUUUGCAAUGUAAAAAUGACGAAUGCGUUUGCAGAGAUAACGAUCCUCGGUGCAGUAAAGGCUCGUCCGUUGCAGCGACAACGAUAGGGCUAAUCGUAUCGACGAUAAUCGUAACACGGAUAGCGUAAUUAACAUAAAAAUGCAUUGUUACGACUUUAGUAAAAUAGAAAAACAAUACAAAAGUUUUGUAUAUGAAAA